AGGAAUCCGGGCGCCCCGGGUCCGAGCGGCUUCUGCAGGGUCGCUUUGAGCUGUGCAGCCAGCCACUCGCGGCGGAAAGUUCGAGCCCGGCUCUGGAUGACAAGUUGGCGUGGCGGAGAUGCCUUCUAACUUUCCCUGGGUGGGGAUGACGUUCUUUCCGAGAUGCUGGCGGAGCCCCUGGGCAGUGUCUGACCCUGCGGUCAUGCUGCCAGCCCUUGACCCCAAGCCAGGUCCGCUGUGCUCGAUGGUUUAGGGCCACGGGCCGAGGGGUCCCCGCGACCUGGCGACCCCUUUCCCCUCCAAUGGGGGAUUCGCUGAUGCGAGUCGGCCGGCUGGUGCCCUGCCGGGGAUGGAAGGAGGACGUGCGGGGAGAGCCGGGUGCGGAGGAAACGCUGUGUCAUCCCCUGGGGCCGCGGGCUGUUGGAAGAGUCCGCGUCCCUGGGAGCCCGCUUCAGCUCCUCCCCCGGAGCGACCUCCGAGGAAGGUCUCUGGGACCCGGGCCCUGGCGCCGCCGAGGGUUCGGCUCUUUGGACCCGGUCGGGCUCUUCGGAGCAUGAUGACAGUGGCCUUUUUACCCGGGGACUCCCGACAGGGCGUGACUAACUCGUCCUCGGCCACGGAGAUGGGGAUCGAACCCAUAGCCUGGACGUGCGACCAGUGCUGAAGGCUUGGAGGGGCCGUUCCCACGCUGCGGGCCGCCUCGUACCCUCCUUCCUCCACUGCCUCCAGCCAGCGCGGAGGAAGUGGACUUUAUUAGGAAAAGGGCAAAGAGGCUCGGCUGAAGUGAACUGGGUUUGCCUUGGGUGGGGGGCAGCGGAGGCGGACAGAAAGAAGUUUGCAGGAAGAAAGGAAAUUGUACAAGGUGUGUUGCUGGAGCCCCUUCUAGGUAUGAAUCACGAGACCCGGAGCCAAGGAGGAUGAGGAGACGGAAAGAACAGCCAACAGCCCACCUCCUUCAGGAGCUUAUAAUCAAACAUCCUUCUAUGGCCGCUUCAGGCACUUCUUGGAUAUCAUUGAUCCUCGCACACUCUUUGUCACUGAGAUGAGGAAACAGACAGAAGUUAAAUCUCAUGCACAUGGUGCUGGCCAGUGGUGGAGCCAGUGUAUGAACCCAGAGACGUCUCAGAGAGGCUGUGCAGCUGCUGGAGGACUACAAGCAUGGGACCCUGCGCCCAGGGGUCACCAAUGAGCAGCUCUGGAGUGCACAGAAAAUCAAGCAGGCUAUUCUACACCCAGAUACCAAUGAGAAGAUCUUCAUGCCCUUUAGAAUGUCAGGUUACAUUCCUUUUGGGACGCCAAUUGUAGUUGGUCUUCUCUUGCCCAACCAGACACUGGCAUCCACGGUCUUCUGGCAGUGGCUGAACCAGAGCCACAACGCUUGUGUCAACUAUGCAAACCGGAACGCUACCAAGCCUUCUCCUGCGUCCAAGUUCAUCCAGGGCUACCUGGGAGCUGUCAUCAGCGCCGUCUCCAUUGCUGUGGGCCUUAAUGUCCUGGUUCAGAAAGCCAACAAGUUCACCCCAGCCACCCGUCUUCUUGUCCAGAGAUUUGUGCCAUUCCCCGCUGUAGCCAGUGCCAACAUCUGCAACGUGGUCCUGAUGCGGUACGGGGAGCUGGAGGAAGGGAUCGAUGUCCUGGAUGGUGAUGGCAACCUCGUGGGCUCCUCCAAGAUUGCAGCCAGACAUGCCCUGCUCGAGACGGCGCUGACGCGAGUGGUCCUCCCCAUGCCCAUCCUGGUGCUCCCCCCGAUCGUCAUGUCCAUGCUGGAGAAGACGGCUCUCCUGCAGGCGCGCCCCCGGCUGCUCCUCCCUGUACAAAGCCUUGUGUGCCUGGCAGCCUUCGGCCUGGCCCUGCCGCUGGCCAUCAGCCUCUUCCCGCAGAUGUCAGAGAUCGAGACGUCCCAGUUAGAGCCUGAAAUUGCCCGGGCCACGAGUAGUCGGACGGUGGUAUACAACAAGGGGCUGUGAGUGGUGGCCGGCCGGCCUGGGGAUGGAGUGCUAUCCAGGCCGGGGAGCCGGGGGCGGGAAGGAGUCUCCCGGCUGCACCUGCAGGGAGGGGCAAGCUGAUCCCACCGGUCCUGGGCCACCUGGGGGAGCACUGGACCCACAGUGGUAGGGAGACUAAUCUAUUCACAUGUUAACACAAGGGUGAGGAAUUCUGACACAUUUCCUAUAAGAAAUAAUCAAGUGCAUUUCUGGGCCUUACGUGGGGUUGUCAAAACUCUACUCAGCACAAUUAUCUGUGAAGCUGAAAAAUUGUAGAGUGCCCACGGGAUAGACUUAGGAUCCUUUUAUACUUUGGGUUUUUUUUUUCUUUUGUUUUUUAUCUGAAUCAAGUCUGAGCCUUGGCUGCGGUGGCCCAGAUGGCGGCAGCGGACCAGUGGUGGCAGUAGGAAUAGGCCAGGGGGCUGGUUGGGUUGGCAGAAGGGCUGGUAGAUUCAAGACAUUAUGGUGGCCGGGCCCAAUGGCUCCCUGAGCUGGGCUGGGCUGGGCUGGGCUGGGGGUAGGGGAGGCAGUCUACACCUCACAGGAGGAAGCAGCUAUGACUGAGGUCCUCAGGAGGUGGCCCAGGGAGUCAGAAACACUGGAAGCCUCUGGAAGAUUCUGUGGGCAGUUGACUCUGAGUGUGGCUGGCCUUCAUCCAUGCUACAACCUGCAGAACCAAUCCCUCUGCACGAAGCCCAGUGCCUGGGGCUGGGGUCACCCUUCAUGGAAUCCCGAUCCAUUCGAGGCCCCAGCUUCAGGCAAGAAGCCCCAAGAAGGAAUGAUGUUUGGCUGGAAUUGUGGGCCUGCACUUUGACCUCUGCAGGGUGACCCUCCUUCUAGUCACCAGGCUGGAAGCUGGGCUGUGGGGCUGAGGAUGGGGCUGGAGCUGGAGCUGGACCGACCUCCAUCUGGGGGGCUCUCAGGCCCCAAGGCUUCCUGCCCCAUCCUACUGCUUCCCGAGUGGGAGGGUCUUAUGCCUGAGUGCAGAGGCAGGUUUCUAGGUACCAAUCUGAGAGUCAGCAUCAAGCCAGGAACUGCAGGCCCUGGCUGUGGCACCAAUGGGCUGUGUGAACUUGGACAAGUCUGCUCCCCUCUCUGAGCCUCUACUCCCCAUCCGGAACCAGAGGACUGGAUCAGGGCGUUCCCACGGACUCUUCCAGCUAACCUCGUCUUUGCCUGUCCUGCUCAGAUGCUGGUCAUCCCAGGCACAUCCCCAGUGUGGACACUGAACUGGGAAAGGGGCAGGCCCCUUUGGGAAUGGCCUCAGGAGCUAGACCUUGACUUUCUGUAUGUGAACCCACAUCCUGGGAACACUUGAUCUUUGCCCCUUUUCAGUUCUGAAGGAGGAGAUAGUGUGGGUGGCUGGGCCUAAGGGUGGCUCCACACCCACGUGCCACCUCUCACCCUGCACCGGCCUCCGAGGCCACUUGCUGCUGGCUCCUGUCUCUUCCCAUUGACAAGCCAGGAAAAGGAGAGGCCUGCAGGGGCUCUGCAGAAGACAGCAGGACCCGAGGUGAGGGUGAACAGGGCAAACAAAGAGGAAGCAUGGGCCCCAUUGUACCCUUCACCUGCCCCCAGCUGGAAUGGAGCCCUCAACAUGCAGCCGCAUGGCCUCCUCACCUCCCUGGUGACUCCACCUGGGGAGAGACCUGGCUGGAGGUGAACACAGGCAUGUGCAGGAAAAGACUAGUGCAGGCAGCAAGGCUGUGGCCAUGGGCGGCUCUCACCAUCCUCUGUGCAGGGGUGGUUGUGGGAAGGUGGGUCUUCCACAGGCACUGGCACCAUGUACCCCCUCAGAACCCCGUGCUGUCUGUGAGGACCUCCCAGCCUGGCCCUGCUAUUUCUGCAGAAUGCUGCCCUGAGGGCCCCCCACUCUCCUGAGGAGCAGCACCCCCUACCAGUCAGGAAGGGGUGAACACAGAGCAGGUAGGGAGAACAGAACAGCAGAGGAAAAGGGGCAAGUAUUUUUGAGCCAAUCCUGCCAUAAUGUGACCGUGCCAAUGACAGGCUGGGUGUUUCUGGGUCCCCUUUUGAAAAGCUCUCUUCAAACUCACCCUACCCCACCUCUCAUUGGACCUUGUUUGUGUGCACUUUACCUUGAGACCAAAACUGCCCACCCCAGCCCCACUCCCGCCCUUUCUGGAGAUGUGGUAGAGAUGGGGUCUCUCCAGCUCCCUCUCUGGACUGGCUGCCCUGGCCCAGCCCCACCCCAGCCCCAGCCCUGUGGCCUUGUCAUCUCAUAACCUACUUACUUUGUCUCCUGGAUGAUUUCUGGUCAUGCUCCCAAAUGCAACUUCAGGCGAGCUAACGGGACUCCUCCUUGGGAAAGGGGUUGGCAAAAGAUCUGUAUAAUACAGCUCAGGGUGAUGGUGACAGAGGGCCAGUGGCCGUGCUGAUAAGAUAAGCCCUGGCUCGGCUGUAGAAAACACCAUAAGGGAAACCUUUUGGCCAAUAUCCAUCACCCACUCUGCUGAGGCCAGAGGAAGGGAGGCCUCGUGGGCAGACUGGCUCAUGACUGGGGUGGAGGCUGAGCUAGGUCCCACAGCUAGGGUGUGGCUGGUCCGGCUGCGCCAGAAUCCAGGCCAUACCUACAACUGGUUCUCUAGCCCUGGUGUACUGCCCCACCCCCCACCCCCACCUUCUUCUAGUCACUUCAAACAUUCUCUGAGGCUCGGGGAUGUCCUUCUCCCAUUCCGGAGAAUAAUCUGAUGGUGCAGGGGCCAAAAGCCCAAGAUGUCUAGACGGCUGCUGGGUCAAGGUGGCUGAUAGCCCCCUUUCUACUUCCUGAUUGUGAGCUGGCUUGUUUUCUGUCCUGGGCCCCUGGCCUGGGAGAAGAGUGGGGUCCUGAGAGCAGAAGGGCCAGAGGACAGGGGCAAGUGCUCUUCCAGCCCUGGGCCAGGUGUGAGUGAGGCACGAGCACAUAUGCCUUGGCCACACCAAGGGGACUUUGCAGUGUCUUUUUAACCUUCUCAGAAAAUUUCUCAAUCUCUGUGAUUUAUGUAAUACUAAUGAGCUGUGGGCAAUAAAUGAUGGAUUUAAAGCA